CUUGGAGUAGGAUUGUUAUUGAUUGCCCCAAAUGUUUGCAUAGCAUCAGAACCCUUUCCGCGGAAUCUUCUCUGGACAGCACGUGCCAACGGAAUGCAGACAACCGACCAGUACAUAGUGCAAUCAUUGACCUUGUUCCCUCACACAUACUCCCCUGCAAUUUAGACUAAAUCGUCCAUCACCCCAUUCUUGCCUCCUAACCAUGAUGCAGUUGCUGCAACGGCCAUCAGAUCCGAUACCUGCUUUACGGGGCUGGCAUCCAGGAGAACAAGCUGUUCAGGCAAUCAUCCACCUCCCCGAGCGCGUUGCAAUUACAGCAAUUGUGGAUAGGUUGCCCGAGCAGCAUCGCAUUUUCCACACAAGCCGACUACAUUUCCUGCCAGUCACUACUCUGGACCAGCAAGGGAGACCGUGGGCAUCUAUUCUUUGCUCAAAUGAUGGGAUGCCAGGCUUUAUCUCAUCCCCUACGGAUGCUUUGCUAACGAUCAAAGCGCGUCUAUGGCCUGGAGAUCCAAUUAUUCAAAACUGCUCCCAGCUUCAUGAUGGAAAACCACUUUUUUCUGGGAUCGGGCUUGAGGUUUCGACUAGGAGAAGGAACAAAUUCGCUGGUCAUAUAUCCAAUGUUUUAUUGAGAGAUCUGGACGUCGAUCUUACUGUCAUAGUUACUCAAGCCCUGGGAUUGUGUCCGAAAUACAUCAAUAUCAGGUCGAUUAUGUCAUUCCACUGGGGCCGGUUUAGCCUAGGGGAUGGGGAGCGCCUGCCUGAUGACUCUGAUACAGCUUUCUUGUCCACGUCCUACGUGGCCGCCCAGGAAGAUGAAAACAUUUAUCCUUCUCGAGUUGGCGUCAAUCAUAGAGGGGGUCGUCCUGGAUUCGUCCGAGUGAGACCUUCCGAUGGGAAGACUCUCGUGCUCCCAAAUUAUGCCGGGAAUCGCAUGAUGAACUCACUGGGCGACAUACAUAUCACGCCAGUUGCUGGAAUUGUUUUCCCCUCGUUUUCCACUGGAUCAAUCUUGUAUCUUACUGGGAAAGCUGAGACCCUGUAUGGCGCAUCUGCGCGAGCAGUGAUGCCAAAUAUGAAUAUCAUCUCCAGCAUCUACGUCACUGGAUUUUCCUUUGUCGAAAACGCCAUUCCGUUGAGGGAGACAGGGCCAGCGGAACGUAGCCCCUAUAGCCCACCUGUCUGCUACUUAGCGGAAGAAAAGCCACCAUCUACGCGAGUGCAUGAUGACACUCUCAUCACCCUCACUUUCGAGUCAUCACGACCUGUGGAUAUCCAUCCAAGCCAAAACUGCGUGCUGGAGUUGACGGAGUUCCUGCGCAAACGCUCACACGAGCUGUUAGACUGGGAGGAAGAUGAGAGUACAGUUAACGACGACUGUGUCCGUACUUGGACGGUCUCCACGCCUCCAACUCCAGAUGCACCUUGCAUCCUCUCUAUCACAAUGAGAGCGAUCAAAGGCGGUCUUAUCACUCCAAUUUUAUAUCAGCUUGCUAGGAGUGUUGAUCCGCAGCUGACUGGUGAACCCAUUGAUGUCGCAGACCUGAAGGUCUGCGCUCGACUGCGAGGUGUCGGAGGCGAUCUUCCUCAUGCGACUGGUGGGCGACGGCUGCUGUGGAUUGCUGGUGGAAUUGGCCUCACGCCUUUCCUGAGCUUGACUCGUCAUGUUACAAACCUCGCUGCUCGGGGAUUCGGAGUCUGGGACGUGACGCUCGUCCUUUCAACGCGGGAGCCGGAAGUUAUGCUCAGCUUGAUUCAAGAAGCGUUUGUGAACAUGUCAUCCAGCAAAGUGGACGACCUCCAGUCACCCCCCGGCCUUACAUUCUCCAUUCAUGUCUACUCCCCAAAGUUCCAGUUAGUCUGAGUCUUUUCCGCCGUUCGUCUCCCUAAUCCCGCACGAAGGACGCCUUGACGACAGUGGAACUCUUUUUGGCAGUGUAGACGCAAAGUUUCGGGAGACGCAUAUAUGCGGCCCGUUGCCUUUCGUUAGCAAUGCUAUGAAGUCACUCCAAGCUGCUGGAGUGGAUCCAGAGCGCGUAAAGCGAGAGAGAUUCACGUAUUGAUAAAGAGGCUGAGCAGAUCAAGGCGUAUAACGGGACGGUAUUUACCUUUCAGUGGGGCUAAGAAAUCUAGGGAGUCUUGUUUAUGAAUUGGCAUUUUCAGAAUGUCGACAGAAUAGAAUGAAUAUGGCCUAGACUGCGGUGCGGGGUACGGCACGAAGGAAGUGGCGGAAUGCCGCCAAGAUUCGUUGGGGGCAUGGGAAAUUUG